AUGCUGGAAUCCUCAUCUGACUUUACACAGCAGGAACCAGAGGGCCAAUGCCCAUCUUGGACAGUGCUGGCCAUGAUUAAGCAUGGUGGCAGCUGGCCAACAGUAAUCAUAUGGCACAGCUCUGAACACUUGAAGGAUAAAUUAGAAGAAUAUAUGGCCCGAUUCUCCAAAGUAAGGAUCGUUCGCACCAAGAAAAGGGAAGGGCUCAUCCGGACCCGACUCUUGGGGGCAUCUAUGGCAAGAGGAGAAGUCUUAACGUUCCUGGACUCCCACUGCGAGGUCAAUGUGAACUGGCUGCCCCCUCUCCUUAACCAAAUUGCACUAAACCACAAAACCAUCGUGUGCCCCAUGAUCGAUGUCAUUGACCACAAUCACUUUGGGUAUGAGGCACAAGCUGGGGAUGCCAUGCGAGGCGCCUUCGACUGGGAAAUGUACUACAAAAGAAUCCCCAUUCCUCCAGAGCUCCAGAGGGCAGAUCCCAGCGACCCUUUUGAGUCUCCCGUCAUGGCUGGAGGUCUCUUUGCUGUGGAUCGAAAGUGGUUUUGGGAGUUGGGUGGCUACGACCCGGGUUUAGAAAUCUGGGGAGGAGAACAAUACGAAAUCUCUUUUAAGGUUUGGAUGUGUGGAGGAGAAAUGUUUGAUGUCCCAUGUUCUAGAGUUGGUCAUAUCUACAGAAAGUAUGUCCCUUAUAAAGUUCCAUCUGGGACCAGCCUGGCAAGAAACCUGAAGCGUGUGGCUGAGACCUGGAUGGAUGAAUUUGCUGAGUACAUUUACCAGCGGCGCCCAGAAUACAGGCACCUGUCCACCGGGGACAUCUCCGCCCAGAAGGAGCUGCGCAAACAGCUCAAGUGCAAGGACUUCAAGUGGUUCAUGGCUGCAGUGGCCUGGGAUGUGCCUAAGUACUACCCUCCGGUGGAGCCCCCACCAGCCGCCUGGGGGGAGGUGAGGAGGCUGCAUGAACCCUGCUCUUACUUCCUUGUGUCCGUCACUCCUGCGCUCAGGUGA